CAGCCCAAAAACAAAAUCCAAAGACAGUUGUUGUUAACCCCAGCACAAUAGUUGUGAUUGUCGUGGAUCGUUGGUUUUUCAAUUACUUUUGAAGCCAGAACAACAGUUUUACUCGAAAGGAAUACAUUUUAUAGCUUAAAAUGACAACAGCGGCUCGUCCUACUUUCGAGCCGGCCAGAGGUGGAUCCGGGAGAGGAGAGAAAGAUCUCAGUGCUCUUUCGAAGCAGUAUUCCAGCAGGGAUCUUCCUGGUCACACAAAGUUAAAAUACAGAGAACAUGGACAGGGCACCUCUGAGGAACUUAGGACUCGUGACUUUCGCAAAGAGUUGGAAGACCGAGAACGUGAGAAGGAUAAAGAUAAAACUCGUCGUCCAGCUAUUGAAGCAAGAGAGCCAUCCAAAAGACCAAGACUUGAUCAGGCACCUGCUGCUUCCUUGGAUGCAGAUGAUCCGCUAGAAUCUGAAGAUAGCAGUGAUGAUGAUAGCGAUGAUGAUACUGCUGCACUUCUGGCAGAAUUAAACCGUAUUAAAAAAGAGCGGGCAUCAGAUCAGGCUAGAAAGGAUGUGGAAAAACGUCAAGAAGAGGAGCGUAUCCGCAUGGAAAAUAUUUUGAGCGGAAAUCCCCUCCUCAACUACUCAGCCCAAGCGUCUAAAGGAGACCUUAAGGUUAAACGGCGCUGGGAUGAUGAUGUUGUUUUCAAAAACUGUGCUCGAUCUGAGCCAGACAAGAAGAAGGAACAGUUUAUUAAUGACUCUCUAAGAUCAGAUUUUCACAGAAAGUUCAUGGAAAAAUAUGUUAAAUAGAGUUACAACAACCUUAUAUUUCUUUCCAUUUUUAUUAUUUAAAAGCAAUUUGUGUUUAACAGAAAUUUUGUAUUAAAGUGUAUAUUAUUCUUCAAAA